GGGAUGGAGGGUGGCGGCGGGGCCGACGCGGCACCCGGCGCGGGGCCGGAGCCGGAGCCGGAGUCGAAGUCGGAGUCGGGAUCGGAGCCGCAGCCGGAGCCGCAGCCGCUGGUCGGGCUGCCGCUGCUGGAGCCCGGGUUGCCGCUGGGGCCGGCGGCGGGCGCGCCCCUCGGGUACCUGCACGUCCUGUGGCAGCGGGAGGAGCCGGCGGGCAAGAUCCCGGCCCGCCGCCUGCGCAGGGCCGCCCGCCUGCACCGCCGGCUGGGGCCCACGGGCAAGGAGGCCCACGCUCUGAAAAGGCUGCGUGAAGCUGCCAAUAGCAAUGAUUUAGACACAGUGCAGCAACUCUUGGAGGAUGGAACUGACCCCUGUGCUGCGGACGACAAAGGCCGGACCGCCCUGCACUUCGCCUCCUGCAAUGGCAACGAUCACAUCGUGCAACUGCUUCUGGACCAUGGGGCUGACCCAAACCAGAGAGAUGGGCUGGGCAACACCCCCCUACAUUUGGCUGCCUGCACGAACCACGUUCCUGUCAUCACCAUGCUGCUGCGCGGAGGGGCCAGAGUUGACGCCUUGGAUCGAGCCGGCAGAACCCCACUGCACCUCGCUAAAUCGAAGCUGAACAUCCUGCAGGAAGGACUGUCCCACAGCCUGGAGGCUGUACGCCUGGAAGUGAAACAGAUUAUCCAGAUGUUGCGGGAAUACCUGGACCGUCUGGGGAGGCAUGAGCAAAAGGAACAGCUGGAUGACCUCUGUUCCAGGUUACAGAUGACAAGCACAAAGGAGCAGGUGGACGAGGUUACAGACCUCCUGGCCAGCUUCACAUCGCUCAGCCUGCAGAUGCAGAAGAUGGAGAACAGGUAAUGGGCUUCCAAAUCAUCUUCCUGAUGCAGCAGGAGAAGCCUUAGAGAGAAAAAAAGGAAGCUGAAGCUUGCUUCCCAGAUUGCUGAAUAAACAUUGCUGCCAGCGGCCUUUCCUGCCAGACUGACUCUCCAGUGGUGCUCAGACUGUUCCUGUUGGUGCUGCCACAGCUGCCUCAUGGGGAGGCAGCAGGGUUUGGACAACAGAGGCAAGAGACAACAGAGUGCCACAUCUGUGACUUUGGGGUAAAAGAGCUGCUCUACUUUUUAUCAGAUGGGCUGGUGAUGAAUAGGAUACCUUUUCCAGAGAUAUUUUGCCUUCGUCUAAGUACUUCAGCUCGAUAUAGGUGGUGGCUGAUGUCAUGUACAGUCACCAGCCCUGACUAGUGCACUCAGCAGCUGGCCAGCAUCACAGAAAUGCUUGAAACGGGCACUUUUUGCCACCUCCAUAGUGCUCAAUUGCCUGAGAGAGAAAGUGAAUGCCUUGGACAACAGAAGGCUUUGUGCUGUGAGAAGUACACACGCUUAAUUCUGCAUGCUAGCAGCAAAGCAAACAUACUGCUUUGAGAGACAUGCACUGAGGCUUAAUCCUCACCUUCCCCAGAGCCUGAGGUCAGAGAGCAGAGAAUCUAUCUGGUUACAAAUGGAAUACAAAGUUUUUCAUCACUAGACUAACAACUUUCACUGGCCUCAUUUUUUAAAUCACUGCUGCAAGUUAGUGCUUAGAUACUACAGUGUAACACUUGCA